GAAUUACAUUGUUAAAAUAAGAUCAUUUAAUGAUAAACGAAGUUGUAAUUACUGUGAAAAAUCAUGAGGGCAGGACAAGUAGCAACGCAAUAUAAGGAAAAAAUCUUCUAUAAAAUACCUGAUAAUUUUAUGAAUGCUUUUAUUAAAAUUUUGACAUUUGGAAGCGCUACGUUUUCACUGAUUUUAAUAUUACUAUUUUAUUAUUUAAAUUCUUUCCAGUCGCAUUAUUAUAUAGAUGAAAAGUUUCACGUGCCGCAAGCUUUGCGAUUUUGUGAAGGAGAAUUUUAUGAAUGGGACUCAAAGAUAACAACAUUGCCAGGAUUAUACUUGUUCUCGGCCUUUCUACUCGGUCCGCUUAAUCUUUGUACAAUAACCAAUUUAAGGCUUAUCAAUGUACUAUGCACAUAUUUAAAUUUAUUUUUAUCUUUCCAAAUAAUUAAGUGUUUGAAUGGAAGGAGUAAAGCUAGAACUGAUAAUAAUUUAAGGAGGUAUAAAUUGUAUUUAAUAGCUUGGAACAUUACCUUCUUUCCACCACUUUUCUUUUGGUUUUUUUUAUACUAUACCGAUAUAUUUUCGCUUAAUUUGAUAUUAAUAAUGCUCCUAUUUCAUUUAUACGAUAAACAUAAAACAGCUGCUUUUUUGGGUAUUCUGUCGAUAUGUGUUCGACAAACUAAUGUUGCAUGGGUCGCCUUUUUAGGUAUUGACAAAUGUCUGACUAUAAUCGACCAAAUUACAAAUAAGCCUCGUUUUACCGAUACAUUAAAUGUACUUCCAUGUCUGAGGACGUUGUAUAAAAUUUUUAAAGCAGAAAAGAAGCGUGGAACGUUACAUUUUUUAAAAUUUUUACAAUCAACUUGUAAAGACAUUUUUCCCUAUACCUUAGCUUUAACAUCUUUCAUUAUUUUUAUCAUUUAUAAUAAGGGUAUAGUCGUAGGUGAUCGAACUGCUCACGUUCCAACAUUUCACUUAACUCAAAUUUUUUAUUUCUCAUUAUUUGUACUUUGUUUCUCUUGGCCAUAUCUAUUGCCUUAUUUGGCUAAAUUUGUUAAACAAGUUAUAUACAAAAAUUUAAUAUCUAUAAGCUUACUUUCAUUUUUCCUCGUUUUAAUUAUUCAUUGCAAUACUUUAGUGCAUCCUUAUAUUUUAGCAGAUAACAGACAUUAUUCGUUCUAUGUAUGGAAAAACCUUAUGAGUCGUUUUGCCAUCUUUAAAUAUACCUUAGUUCCAGUUUAUGCUUUUGCAAUGUACGCUAUUUUUAAAUCAUUAAAUCAUUUAAGAUUAUUAUCAUUCGUAGCUUAUAUAUUAUGCACUUGUAUCGUACUAGUGCCACAACUACUUUUGGAACCACGAUACUUUAUUAUUCCGUACAUUUUAUGUCGAGUCUAUCAGAAGGAACCAAAUAAUUGGCAAAUAGUGGCAGAAACUCUUACGACCAUUUUUAUAAAUAUUGCGCAAUUUGUUUUAUUUAUUAACAAGACAUUCUAUUGGGAGGACGAGAAAUACCCGCAAAGAAUUGGAUGGUAAUUUGUAUUGUAAAAAUUCAUUAAUAAAUCAUCAAAUUGUAUGCGUAUAACAUUUGUAAUAACAAAGACUAAUAGAUUAUAUUUGUAAUAUUGAUGAAAAUUAAGUACACAUAU